CCAAAUCCUUCUGUUAAAUCACUGCAUCUCAAAUGUCACUUGCCAGAAGCACAGUGGCCCUCCACUUUGUUACAGACAGCCCAAUGGAGUCCGCUGGACAACCAAGACAAUUUGGUGCCUCUAACUUCUUGGAAGUUAUCGAUGGUAAUUCCUGGGUUGAGGAUGAAGAUGAGAGCCCAAUCAAGCCAAAGCUGUCUCCCCUACCACGAAGGAAGAGCUCUGUCUCCUCAGACGAUUUAGAGCCGGAACCUCCCAAUGUGAUAGCGAGAAAGGUUUCCUUUGCGGAUGCAUUUGGUCUGGAUCUUGUGUCCGUUAAAGAGUUUGAUACCUGGGAUGUACCUAUUACAUCAUUCAGUGAUCCCCUGGAGGAAGAAGCCAAAGACAUUGAGGAAUAUUUCCUGUCGGCUUUGUUCACACUGCCAUCCUCACAAUAUGAACUCAUGCAAAAAAUUUCUGACCAGAAAGUAGAGGUGGAAAGCAUUGAAUUCCUUCCAGGUUCCACCUCAAUAAAGGGGAUUAUCCGUGUUCUGAAUUUGUGCUUUCAGAAGCUGGUGUAUGUUCGGAUGACUUUAGAUGCCUGGAACAGCUUUUAUGAUCUAAUGGCAGAGUACAUCCCUGGUUCUAGUGACGGGAAAACAGAUCAAUUUUCUUUUAAAAUUUCCUUAGUGCCACCAUAUCAGAAAGAAGGAGCCAGAAUUGAGUUUUGCAUACGUUACGAAACAGAUGUUGGCACUUUCUGGGCAAACAAUAAUGGGGUAAACUAUGUGCUCUUCUGUAACAAAAAGAAGGUCAAAGAAGCCAAAGAGAAGCAACAGGAAGAAAGCAGCAAUAAAAAUAAGAAAAGCUGUUUAAAGACCAACAGCAAGGACAGCACCACAGAAAUAAAUGACACAGUGGUUGAAGUCGGGACUCCAGGUGUGUCUCAACAUGGAGCAGAGAUGACAGUCAGAGAAGUCCUUGAAACCCCCGUGCCAGAAACUGAAGAGCAUGAGGGGGACAAGGAGCUGGAGACCAUGAUGGAUAGCAACUUCAACAUGACAAGAAUAGAAGAGGGUAGAAAAGAGGUACUGAAUCCAUCAGCCUCAGAAGACCACUGCUUUCCAGAGGGAACUGAAACACAGCUGGGUCAGGAUUCUGUUGGACAGGAAACGAUAAGCAUAGAAUCAGAAGAUCAGGAACCUGAAACUGGCACAUCUUUAUUUUGGAGAAGUGACUCAAGUCUAUUGGUGGAAUGCAAUGGUGGCCAGACCAACAGUGAAGAGAGUGCACAUCAGCAGCUACUGGGAAGUUAUCAAGCUCCUUUGCUGAGUUUGCAAACUGCAUUGAACAAGGAGGGCAUGCUACCACUGAAAGGAGAUGAAAAGGAAGCUACAAUCAAAAAUGGAAAUGAAGGAGAAAAUGAAGGUGAAGUGCUACAAACAUUGAUCGUUGUUGAGGAGGAUCUACCGGUUUGCAGUACUGAACCAGAUGAGAGUGACCCACAGUAUUCAUUAUUGUGUUUAGAUUGCCUGCAUGAAAAGGUCUUAUCUUCCCCAGAAACAUUGAUCAGCCAAGCCAGUUUAAACAAUGAAGCUCCCUCUGCUUGUAAAAACACACUGAGCCAGGAAGUCAAUGAACUGGAAUCCAAAGUAUGGGAACACACUGAAAAUGAUGUUCAUGAGGGUAAUCAGAGGGAUCAACGGCAAGGCAGUGUUCUUAGUCAAGAUGAAAUGGAUGUUACACUGGACAGAAGCGAAACAGUAAAUGUUUCUUUGGGAGAAGACGAUUCUUUAGACUUUAAGAAUGUUGACCCUUCUUUGUACAGUACAGAACAUAUCAGCAAGGACUGGAAAAGUCAGUCUGCCAGUCACAAAGAUGUUGAAGAACUGACGCAUUAUAAAAUACAGGAAGGGAAAAGCCAAGACAAAAUGAUCCAUAAGGUCAGUUUCACAGAGACAGCAGGUGCUCAGCAACAUCUUGUAGUAAAGGCUUUUGUAGCCCCUGCUUGCCAGUCUUGUCAGCAUGACAAUUUGGAUCCAAUAGCAGAGCAUUCCCCUUGUGGAAGGGUGCAUUCAGCACAUACCCAGGAGGAAGAAAUAAUCUUUGAUGAACCCGAAGUCACAGAAUUGAAACAAAGAGAUCUUCAAGCAAAGACUCGGCAGGACAAUAAACAGCCUGGGGCAGCUGAAUUGGAAUCUAUCAUACAUUUGAGCAUAAAACAAUUUGAGAACACUAGAGAAUGUGACACUAAACAAACAGAACAUGCAAUGCAGCAUCCUGCCUCUGAAACUACUGACCAAACAACAAGCUCAGAAGAAGCACGUGCAGAGAAAGAAAUAUGUCAUAAUGAGGCACAAGACACUUACAUUUGUGAUAAAACAAAUGGGAAUACACCAGAAGAAUGUGAAAGUUAUUUCUCCGCAGAAACAGAAACUGAAACUGAAAAUGUACUUUCUGAACAAAUGGCUAUGAAAAUGGUUAUGAUCCACAAAAGAGCAUUUUUAGAAGCAGUCCGAGAAGAAAAAGAAGAAAGCGGAGAAGAAGAUAUCUAUGCAGACCAUCAAUAUUCCUUCACAGUUGAUAAGUUGGAAUCUAGUGAGCAAAGAGAGGAGACAUCAAACUUACAGUCUGGUGCCUCUCUGAAUCCCUUUGAAACUGCAUUCCUAAGAGCUCCAGUGGGAAAGGCAGGGGGUACCCACCACACCAUCAGCACCAAGAGGGACAGAAGCAGUGCAGUUUCGACAUUUACAAGCAGAAGAUCUGAGGAAGGUGCAGAUCAGAGAUUGCUUCAGCCAGUAUUAGUAGAAAGGCAGUUUCCACUGGAAGAAAGUGAAUGUGAGCAAGGUCACGAUCUGGAAGAAGAUCAGACACAGUCAGGAGAAACAGAAGGACACCCAGGUAUGGAGCAGCCUGCUAGUGAAAUAGCAGAAGAUGAGGGCAGAAAUGACCUAUUACACUGGAACGAAGAACCCUUUAUUUUGCAUUAUAUUUCAAAAGAGUUUUUUUACUGCUCUCUGUUUAUACUUUUCCUUGUAACCGCUUACCAUUAUGAUUUUAUUGCCUGUUUUGCACUUUACAUAUUUUCUGUGUAUUGUCUGUGCUGUCAGGGGAGGAAACAACGCGAAUCCUUUGACAGAAAGUAACACAGCACAGAUAAUGUACUUGCUGAGUCAUGAUCUAAUUGUGAUAGUUCAUUUUUCCAAGUUCAUUUUCCAAGUGAAUGCAAGGUGUUUCACAAAGAACGAAACCUACAGUGGUGUUAGAGGAGUGGUUUCUCUGGUGGAGAUGUUGAUGGCGUUCCUGGGCAGUGAAGGGCUUUCACUCAUCCUGUUUGCCCUUGUUUAGGUUUGUCGUAAUUAUACACCUCUCCCCAAGCAAACGUAACUGCACAACAAAUGAAUACAAUGAACACACAACUCAGGAGAGACAUGCAUUUAAUAUAAAACACAAUAUAAUGUUCACCAAAGCAAACGAUGCAAUGUAAGACUAUACCCUUACAAAAUCAUAAGAUGAAUUGUGAACUGAUUCUUUUAAUAACAUGUAAACAUUUAGACAGAAUUUUAAAGUUGAAAACACCAGACAAAUAAAGAAGAAAUCAGAUCACAUUUAGUAUAAUGUAUUUUGUAUAUUUCCUUAGAUUUCUCUGUGACAUUUGGAGUUCAAUAUGUUAUCCCUACAGUAGCUUGUCCUGUGUACAUUUCAGAUUUUAUUACUUUUGCGAUAGAAAUGUGAUUUUUAACAUUUUUAUUUCACAGUGCUUGUCUGUUCUUCGGCGUUGCAUUUUCAUUCAUUUUCCUUUUAUGUUUGGGGCCUGUCAGUUUGUAUCAAGCAGAUAUGUUCUUCUCCCUAAAAAAAACACUCAUUUUUCAUCAUACCAGAUGUUUUCCAGCACCACUAAUUGCAAGGUAUUUGACAGAUGAGAUUGGCGAGGUGUAUAAUUCACUGUAAUUUAUUCUAUUAGGAGACCGUGAGUCAUUUCACAGUUGUUUCAUUUGGAUCUUAUACCUACUGUAUACAGGGGCAUAAAAUCAGUUCAAGCUCCUUGCCUUUCAGAAACCAAAGAAUACAAUAGUGUAACAUGAGCAAGAGCUUGUGCAUCUUCUAAAGGACCAUUUAUGGAACUGGAUCACUGGUAAUUAUUAAUGUAAAAUGUCUUUGCACAUUUUCCUAAAUAUAUGUAUAGUUCAUUAGUUCAUUUUAAAUAGACUUAUAUUGUUGGUACCAAGAUAGGACAUAAUGUUACACUUUUCAUGUUUGAUAUCUGCUAUUGUCAUGGACCUAAUGAUGUACAACUGGAUAAUUGUUUUGACAUUAAAAUAAAAAGUGUCAAUAAAAAAUACAAUUGUUUAAAUUAA